GUUCGUUGUGGUGCCACGGAAAUCCGGUCAACACAACAAAUACUUCACGCAUCGACGGUUCGUUAUCGUGCUCAAAUGUGUUAUUCUGGUAACAUAUAACUUAUAUAUACUCAUUUAUUUGUGAAAUUUUCUGGAAAGGAGACGUUUAUUGGGUAUAAACGAGAAGAGAACAACGGGGGCGUGUUUUCUUUCUCCGCCCACUCCGGAAAACUGAAGGGAUCUUUGGUAAUUUUUUAUUUUUAUGGUGACGUGUAGUCAGGCGUCCCUCAAGUCGUCAUUUUAUGCACGUCUGUCAAAUGAUAUGACGAAAUGGACCGGACGACUGUUUAAGGCUUGACCUUUGCGAAAAAUUCGUCGAGAAUUUUUUGUAAAGCUUUGCAAAGUGUAGGAGCAAAGAGGAGACGGCCGGGGCCUGGAGGAAUCUGACGGAGAGACAGCAGGCAUUUUACACCGUGGAAGAGGUCACCCGCCAGGGGGCUGCCGGAAGACGAUGAUGAGCCUCUUCUGCAUCUUGAUCCUGUGCUUUUUCUCAGGCGGGACACUGGGCUAUAAGCAAGGGGACAACGUGACCCUCUAUGUCAACAAAGUGGGUCCUUAUCAUAACCCCCAGGAGACGUAUCACUACUAUACGCUGCCUGUUUGCAGGCCAGAAAAGGUGCAUCACAAGUCCUUGAGCCUGGGAGAGGUGCUAGAUGGCGACAGAAUGGCCGAAUCAUUGUAUCGCAUUCGGUUCAGAGAGAACGUUGAGAAGAAAACCCUUUGCCAGCUCGCGCUGUCGGAGAAGCAGAUGGACCAGCUUCGUGAGGCCAUCGAGGAGCUUUACUACUUUGAAUUUGUCCUGGAUAACAUUCCAUUGUGGGGCUUUGUAGGGUACAUCGAGGAGAGCGGCUUCCUGCCUCACAGCCACAAAGUCGGCCUGUGGACUCACCUUGACUUCAACAUCGACUACAACGGCGACGCCAUCACGUUCGCCAGCGUCUCCGUGAAGGACGUCAAGCCUGUGCCGCUAGAGGAGGGGGCGGGCGGCCUGACGGUCACCCACACAUACAGCGUGCGCUGGUUUGAAUCUCUCCCGCUCAACCCAGAGCACGUCAGAGACUAUUCGUUCUUCCCCAAAACACUGGAGAUCCACUGGCUGUCCAUAAUUAACUCUCUGGUGCUGGUGGUGCUGCUGCUGGGCUUCGUCAUCAUCAUCCUCAUGCGGGUCCUCAGGAGCGACUUUGCCAGGUAUAAUGCAAAGGAGGAGGCGGGCUGUGAUGACCUGGACCAAGGAGACAAUGGCUGGAAGACCAUACACACUGACGUCUUCAGGUUUCCUCCUUACAAAAGUCUACUCUGUGCCAUUCUCGGAGUGGGGGCUCAGUUCCUUACCCUCGCCACAGGAAUCAUCGUCAUGGCGCUCCUGGGGAUGUUCAAAGUGCACCACCACGGCGGCAUCAACUCGGCGGCCAUCGUCUUGUACGCUCUGACCAGCUGCGUGUCGGGCUACGUGUCGUGUGGCUUUUACACGCAAAUAAACGGCAAGCGCUGGGUGUGGAACAUCGUCCUCACGUCAUCUCUCUUCUCAGCUCCUCUGUUCCUCACCUGGAGUGUGGUCAACUCUAUCCACUGGUGGAGCGGCUCCACUCAGGCUCUGCCGGCCACCACUGUGCUCCUCCUGCUGGGCGUCUGGGUGUUGGUAGGCUUCCCGCUCACCGUCAUCGGCGGCAUCGUGGGUAAGAACCGAGCGGGCAGCUUCCAGGCUCCCUGCCGCACCCGCAACAUCCCCCGGCAGAUACCCACACAGCCCUGGUACAAACACACUGCUGUGCACAUGGCCAUCGGCGGCUUCCUGCCGUUCAGUGCCAUCUCAGUGGAGCUGUACUACAUCUUCGCCACCGUCUGGGGCAGAGAGCAAUACACGCUCUACGGCAUUCUACUGUGCGUCUUCGCCAUCCUCCUCUCAGUGGGCGCCUGCAUUUCCGUGGCGCUCACCUAUUUCCUGCUGUCCGGCGAGGACUACAGGUGGUGGUGGCGGAGCGUGCUGAGCACAGGCUCUACCGGCCUCUUCAUCUUCGUCUACUCUAUCUUCUACUACACGAACAGGUCAGCCAUGAGCGGCCUGGUGCAGAGCACGGAGUUCUUCGGCUACUCUUUGCUCACAGCGCUGGUCUUCUCACUGAUGCUGGGCAGCGUGUCCUUCUGGGCCUCACUGGCUUUUAUUCGCUACAUCUACCGCAGCCUUAAGAUGGACUAGGAGUGCUUUGUGCAUUCUGGAGAUGAUCGGAUCUCACUUUGCACAUUUGUUACUGGAGUAAUGGGAGAACAUGGGGCCUCUACUGGAUGCUAAAGGUGCAAGCGGUGGAAGCUGUCAUUGCAUAACAACAAAGGGGGAUAUCUUAAAGGGAUGAGCCCCGUCAGGAGUGAACCUCCUAUCUGGUUCUUUCUACACAUCAGUGUAGUUUUCACAGCAUCAGGGGAACAAUAUUGACAUUGUGGCCACCUUUGACUGUGAUGUAAAUAAUCUUUUAAAUAAAAUACCAUUUAGUAAUAACUGCCUUUGAUGGCUUU